CCGCUGCGCCAGCUCCUGCGCCUGCAGCGGGUCAGCAAGGCCUUCCGCGCCGCCGUGCAGCUGCACCUGGCCAACCUGCGCCGCUUCGACGCCAGCCAGCUCGGGCCGCACCUUCCCAAGCCUGCCUUCAUCGAGCUCCUGAAGGACAACGAAGUGCUGCAGCAGCUGGCCCUCCAGGCCUGUGCCGACUGGCUGACGGACAAGGAGCUGCUUCCUGUGAUCGGCCAGAACCACCACCUGCAGCAGGUCCAGCUGAACGGCUGUGCCCAGCUGAGCCGCCACGCCCUGGUGGCCAUCUCCCUGAGCUGCCCGCACUUGCGGCAGCUCUCCCUGGCGCACUGCGAGUGGGUGGACAGCCUCUCCCUGCGCAGCCUGGCCGACCACUGCAAGGCGCUUGAGGCAGUGGACCUCACGGCCUGUCGCCAGCUGAAGGACGAAGCGGUUUGCUACCUGGCGCAGAAGUGUAGUGGGCUCAAGUGUCUUUCACUGGCUGUCAAUGCCAACAUGGGAGAUGUGGCAGUAGAGGAGAUUGCCAAGUGUUGCCCUGAGCUGGAGCACCUGGACCUCACAGGGUGCCUGCGGGUCAAAAAUGAUGCCAUCAGGGUCUUGGCUGAGUACUGCCCCAAGCUGCGCUCACUGAAGGUGAAGCACUGUCACAACGUGGCUGAGUCCAGCCUGAGCAUCCUCCGCAACCGUGGGGUGGAGCUGGAUGUGGAACCCCCAAUGCAGAGGGCUCUUGUUCUCCUGCAGGAUGUGGUUGGAUUUGCCCCCUUCAUUAACCUUCAGAUUUAAGACAGGAACAGCCACUGCUGAGGGCCACCAAGGACCCACCAUGGCCUCUGCCUCCUGGAGGAUGCCAUGAAAUGCUGCUGCUGAGGUGUUGGGAAGGGGUGGUGCAUCCCACUGGCAGGGCUGGUCCUGAUAAGACUUGCCAUCCUCCUCUUGCACUCUCCCUCAGUGCUGUGUAGCUGCUGAUGUGUUGGUGAGCGGACUCUUUUGAUGCCCCCACAGGGAGAAUGAGUCCCUUUGCAGUGGUGUGAAGAACAGGAAUCACUCACAAUAGCGCUGUGGUGCUGGACAUUCCCCGACAUGCCAGGCCAGCUUGGCACUAGGAAGGAUUAUUUAAGUAGUCUUCUAAGCAUCUUGAAGCCCAGACCCUGGUGCUCUUGGGUAUGGUGGGACUUGCUGUUCAGAGCAGGAGUGUGUUGUGCAGGGACUGUGGACUGAGAGAGUGGUGCACAAGGCCUGGUUGCAGAGUACUGCAUGAGGAGCAGAGUUGAGCCAAGGGGAAUGGCUGGCAUCUCCUGGAAAAUGCAGGACCCACUAUAUAGGGUAGAAGGGGGUGGUGCAGCAGCCAGAACAUAGGAGCCAGCUACUCAAAAACCAGAGAGCUGCCCCUCAGGCCAGCAAGGGGCCCAGCACAGGGUGGAGUGGCAGCAAGUCCCAGUCAGCCAGGGACUCUGUUCCUUACCCCAGGGCCUCUGUUCCUUACCCCAGGGCCCUUGCUCCACUUAAAAGCUGUUGCUUGAAAGAAAGAACCCUGAAUUUUAAUCUUGCCCAUGUGACAAAUGUGAGUUGUCAGGCUGUGACU